CCCAAAACACGACGUCUACGUUUCACGCCUCUGCCUCUGCAAUAGUGCAACGCGGCGGCAGCGUAAAGCGUAUCCAAAUUCAAAAGUCCACGCCAGUACCCGUUGACGUGUUCCAUUGAAGAGUUCGGUAUCCCGCCCGGUUGUUUCGAUUAGACGAGAAACGAGAGAAAAACAUUCCCGAAUAUUAAUUAUUUAAACUAUUAUUAUUAGCUAUUAGCAAGUGUUUGCUGCGGUGGUGAUCGCGAAUUAGCACGCGAAAACGGCACGUGUUCUCGGAACAGCCACGUAAAACGUAGUCACUAACGUGUGGUUGGGUCCACUGUUGCGAAGCGAUUAACAAUAAAUAAAGAAAUUAUAAUAAUACACAUACAGAAAAGAAUAACGUUGAAAACGUGGAAGUUAUAACUCGAUAUACAUAUGUAUAUGUGGCAUAUAUACACUUGUUGAUAUCAGCGGCGUGAGUGCAAAAGUGUAUGUGUGUGCGCUCUCUCUCUCGCUCUCUCUGUGUCGUAUGUGUGCCAUUUCUCGUUCCGUCAAAGCAUUACGUUUACGUUGUCUCGUAAGGCUGAUUUGUUCCGUUAGAGAGUGAUAGUUGUCGAGACCCUCUCUCUGGUUCUCUUUCCAUCCGAGUACAGUAAUAAAGAGGAAGAAGCACAAAACAAUCAAAAACAUGAAAACGAAAAUAUCAGCAAAACAGUCGUCGAGCCCCAAGGCAGGAACCUCUCCAUUGGACAAGCGCGUGUUGCAGCCAAAGCAGCAGCAAUCACAAACCAAGCAGACGACUGCCAGCAAUAAUAAUAUUAGUAAUAAUAAUACUAACCAAGGCGCACAGACUACUACCGGCAGCGGAAGCAGCAGCCAACCCAACAAAAAGACACAACAACAACAACAAUCCCAGCCACAACAGGGAGCAGCGGCAGCAGCGGCAGCGGCAGCGACUACUACACAGACAGCAACAAGCAGCAGCAGCACAGCGGCAACCACAGCCCCAGCAACAGCAGUAGCAACACCCGCAGCAGCAGCCCCCACCACUGAGGCAGCCACAACAACUGUAGUGGAUGCCAGUCAAGCGGAUGCACUUGCCAAAGUCGUGGUAAAGGACAAGAAGAAGGUCAACCAGAAGGCCAGCGAUUUCAGCAACGUUGGUGAUUGGCCGACGCUUAUUGGAGGAAUUUCUGGCAGUGGCAAAGCCACCAGCAACGAACCCAAACGCAACCCAACGAAAAAGCAACCAGCUAAAGCAGCAGCACCCGCAACCAGCGUCACUACAAGUGAAGUUGCCACAGAGUCUAACGUCGCAGGCGCCACUUCCAGCAGCACCAACAGCAGCAGCAGCAGCAGCAGUAGCAGCCAAGCUACAGCCGUCGGCACAGCCAGCACUACCACAGGAUCGGCAGGACCAGCAACAGCUACAGCCGGCACGAGCCAUGAUGCCAAAGCCCAGCGAGAAGCAGAGCUAUCCACUGGCAGUGCCACUGCACCAGCUGCUGGCCCCCUUGCCGGCUCUGCCGUCAACAAAAAGAUACCCAAGCACAAGUGGCGUCCGCUGCAAAUCGAUCUGGCCAAGUCCAGUCGCCCUAAGCCCAUUGGCGGCCGACCCCAUCGGCGACUCAGCGACGAUGGCGUCGAUCAGCGACGCCCGCCGCGUGUCUACCACGAGCGGGGGCCGGCGCCAGCCAAUGGUCGGGGUGGAGCUGGAGCCGAUGCCACUGCAGCAGCAGCAACGGAGUCCACACGGCCACACAGUGGCCGGCAUCCGUACAUUGCCCGCACCACGACUGCUCCGACCGAGCGUGUGGAUUCCUGGCGUAGCAGCGGCAGCGCCGGCUCCAAUGCAGUUCCCUACGAUGAGCAACGCUCGGGCGGCCCAGGGACAGCAGCAGCAGGCGGUGCCGGGGCAAGUGCCGUGGUGCGGGGACCGCGACGCUUCCGCACGCCGUACCGGGGCGGGCGGCAGGGCCGGGGUGGAUUCACAAGACAGGGACCAGGUCGUCCGACUAAUCGCAUACCACGCCAUCUGCUAGCUUCGGGCGAAUAUGCAAGCUUUUUGCCAGCGGACGCGGCUGGCGCAGAUUCUGCCCAAUCCACGUACGUGCUCAUGGGCACCCAUUACUUUGGCAAUGUGCCAGCCUCCUAUAUCGAAAUGGAUGCCAACAGCGUCAAGGAGGCACUCAAGAAGCAAGUUGAAUACUAUUUCAGCUCUGAUAAUCUUACCGGUGACUUCUUUUUGCGCCGCAAAAUGGACCCCGAAGGGUAUAUACCGGUGACAUUGAUCGCCUCGUUCCAUCGGGUUCUCGCUCUGACCACAGACGUGGCCCUGAUUGUGAAUGCCAUCAAGGAAUCGGAUAAACUAGAGCUUUUCGAGGGCUACAAGGUGCGCACCAAGACCACGCCCACCGUUUGGCCCAUCAGCGAUGCACCAGAUGCUGCCGGCAAGGAUCCGCAGCAGCCGCAGCCGCAGCCGUCGCUGGCAAAACAGGCGACGAAUGAGAAGCCAUCAUCAGAGAAGCAGCAGACUGGGGCGGAUGCCGAGGAUGCAGCACCGGAGGAGAGUUCACCUCCCGCCAUCCUCACAUCUGCAAUGGCCACCAAGCCACUGAGCAGCAUCCCGCCGCCGCCGCGGCCGCGCAACUCUCAGAAUCUGGUGCCCAAGAUGCUGCAGGAGAAGCAGCAGCACCAGCGAUCGACGAUCAAUUCGGUGAAUGCCAUCAGUGUGCUCACCCAGCAGGUGGAGGGCGGUGCUGCAGAGCUGGCCGGACAUUUGAGCGGACUGGCGGAGAGUGUUAAGCCAAAGCCUGAUAAGAGGGCGGCACCGAAGGCUGGAACGGGACCAGGAACAGGAACCGGAACCGGAUCAGGGGCUGUUGCUGGCGCUGGUGCUGUUGCUGGGGCAGCUGUUGCUUUGGUUGCGGAGCCGGAGGGCAUGUGGAAAGAGGUAAAGAGACGCUCGAAAACAAAUGCUUUAAAAGAAAAUGCUACUAAAUCCUCCACCACCAACAACACGUCCACGACAACACAACAACAACUACAACAACAAUCGCUUUCACAAACGCUCAACAACAACAAUAAUUAUAAUAAUAAUACUGUUAAAAAUGUCAAAACGAACAACAACAACAAAAACACCACCGUCACCGCAAACGCCACCUCGUCCAAGUCCACGUCCACGUCCACCACGUCCUCGUGUGCAUCCAACAACGCCCCAUCCAACAACGCCUCAUCAACAACAAUCACCGCUGCUGUCUCUGUGUCGUCCGCCGCCACCGCUGCCGUCGCUUCCUCUGUCACCGUCACCACAACCACAAAAACCACUACAACCACCACCACUACCACCACCACCAACAACAACAACAACAAUAACAAGAAAACAUCCUCUGCCAACGCUUCUUACUCCAACACCAAUUCGAAAUCCUCCUCCUCCUCCUCCAAAACAGCUGCUGCGCCAUCCGCUCAGUGCCAUGCCGAAAAGGAAGAACUAGACUUUCAAUUUGACGAGGAGCUGAUGGACCCCAUACCCGCCACCGGACGCAUCAAUAACUUCACCGAAAACUUCUCCGACGAUGACGAGAGCGAUUACGAAUUUGCCGAUCGCGAUAUCAAUAAGCUGCUGAUUGUCGCCCAGGUGGGGCGGCCACCCAAACACGAAGGCUACGAUCGCACCGCCGACUUUACCUCACGCACGAAAAUCACCCAGGAUCUGGAGAAUAUCAUUAACGAUGGUCUGGUCAACUACGAGGAGGACCUGUGGACCACCACCAAUGUGGUGACCGAUUAUCGCACCGUCAAUGUGAUCUCGCAGGCGGAUUUCGAAAAGCUAGCUGCCACCGGAGUUGUGCCCAAUCGUGGCAAGAGUGCGGCCGUGCAAAAGCAAGUGCCACCACCGCCGCCAGCCUACCUGGAGGAUCUGGAUGCAGAUGACACCCUGGUUGGUGACACAACGCUCAAUUCCACGCUGAACUCCACGCUCAAGUCUCGUCGUGCCCGCUUCUAUGCUGCCCCCAAUUCGCACUCAAUUGAUCCGCGAACGCCACGCAAACGCAAGCUACGCCACACGGCCAAUCCGCCCGUGGAGGCGCAUGUGGGCUGGCUGCUGGACACCGUCGAGCAUAGGCCGCGCACAACCUCGAUGGGCUCGUCGGCGGGCACAUCGCCCACCACCUCGUCGUAUGGCUCGUUCGGAUCGUCGGUGCCGCAAUCGCUGCCCGUUUUCCAGCAUCCGUCGCAUGCUCUGCUCAAGGAGAACAACUUCACACAGCAGGCCUAUCACAAGUAUCAUUCGCGAUGCCUCAAGGAGCGCCGCCGGCUGGGCUUUGGCCAGUCGCAGGAGAUGAACACCCUCUAUCGCUUCUGGUCGUUCUUCCUGCGCGAGAACUUCAACAAGACGAUGUACAAUGAGUUCCGCACUUUGGCCCUGGAGGAUGCCGGCAACGGAUUCCGCUACGGGUUGGAGUGCCUGUUCCGAUUCUUCUCAUAUGGCCUGGAGAGGAAGUUCAGGCCGAGCAUCUAUUUGGAUUUCCAGGACGAGACCGUGGCCGACUACGAGACGGGUCAACUGUAUGGCCUCGAGAAGUUCUGGGCCUUCCUUAAGUACUACAAGAACAGGGAGAAGCUGGAGGUUCAGCCCAAGCUGGCCGACUAUCUGAAGAGCUUCAAGACCAUCGAAGAUUUCCGUGUGGUGGCGCCAGAGAUAGAUGAGAUGCUGCAGGGUGUGGGCAGCCUGCAUCCCGGACGGCAGCUCAACAGGCAUCGCAGUGUGUCCGAGAGCGAUGGCACCGCCGUGAUCACGGCUGGUGGUCGUCGCCUGAACACCACCAUCACCAAUCGCAGUGACUAUGUGGGACGUUUGAUCCAGCAGCAGCAGCAGCACCAACAACAGCAGCAGCACCAGUACCAACAACAGCAAUAUCAUCAGGGAUACGGCGGUAACCAGAACCGCAGGCGCACCGGCUCCUUUGGCAGCAGCACAGUGCGCACUCGUAGCGGUUCGCUGGGCAACAAGCCGCAGGUGGUCCAUCGCAAUCAAGGAUCGCAACACGAGCUACGACGGGGUGGCAGCAAUUCAGGCCUGGCGGCACACAAGCGUCAGCAUCAUCAGCAGCAGCAGCAGAAGCCCAAGCAGCAGGCUCAGGGCAUAUCACAGACAAAUAACACAGUGCGGGCCUCCACAUCGGCGGCAGCAGCCGCAGCGGCAACAACAACAGCGCCAGCGAUAGUGGCGGCAACAGCAGCGACGGCAUCAGCGUCGUCCUCGUCAUCGUCGCAGAAGUAGAAAACAUAAAAAUGCAGACACAUUUUUUCGAUUAGACAUAAGUUAUUUUGCGACUUAGUUGGGAGCACUCCUCCUCUCUUUCGUUCACUAUUCAUUCUUAUUAUUCGUCUGUAGAAGCAUCAGUAGUUGUAGUCGGUUCGAGUCAGGCGUAAAAUGGGGAAGUAGCAUAAGUAAGUAAAGUUUUUUGAAAUUUUGUUUUUUUUGCAAUUUGCCCAACGCGUUGGUUUUAGUAGUAAUAAUCAUUAUGAUACCUUUCGUUUUCUUUUUUGUCUGCAGUCCCUUGAAAAGAAAAAUGUAGCUUAUGAAAUGCUCAAUGUUAGCUGUUCGAACACACAGAUACACCCCAUACACAGAUACAGAAAUACAGUGACAAAACACUCGGCAGCCACUAAGCGGGGGUCCCAGUGCCAAUCUGCCAUUAUCUAGAAACUGAAUGACUAUUAUAAUAAUUAUUAUAUUUUGUUUGUUGAAUAUUCUGUUUUUUUUUUCUUUAAAUCAGAUCUGUUUUUUUUUCCUAUUUGAAGCAGAGCGUUAUAAAAUAGACGUAAUGCCCCAUCAACUGUUGUACGGUGUGAAAACAAAAUUAAAACCAAUAACGAUAAUCCCUUAAAUAACAUAUUCCCCUAACGAAAAGUGAAAAGAAAGCAAAGCAAAGCGAAACGAAACGAAACAAAGUUUAAUAUAAACCAUCAAAAACCAAAUGAUCUGAAUUCAAAUAAAAUCAUUUUGUAAAUUAAAGCGAAACGUUAUAUACAUACAUAUAUAUACGCGCAAGAGCACCUUAUAUAUAAUAAUAUAUAUAUAUUCUUAUUAUUAUUAUUAUUAUUUUCCCUGUGUGUGACCUAAGCGCAAAUGUAAUGUAAUUUGUUUAAGAGACAACGAGAGAAACCCUUACACUACACACCCAAUUGAGGCAUGCGGGGCUCAAGUGCCAGCGAAUUUUAGUUAUGUAAGCAUUUAAAGCAAACCCCAAUCGCAAUCGGAAUUAGAGUCGGGGGGAAAACGGAGACCGAACCGUAGACCGUAGCCUUUGCACACUGCCCCCAAGUCUGUCAAUCUAUCGUCAAAUUGGUCUUACAAAAAUAAGUGGAAAAAAACACCUCAGAACUUUGUACCCCGCCAAGCAUUUAGAAGCAUGUCAAAAAAAACCAUUUAUUAUUUACGUUUAGUUUUUGCACUUGUUACUUUUUUUAAUUCGGAGAAAGAAAAAAAAACGAAAAAAAAUUUAAAAAACUGAGAAAAUGUCAAGUCCAAAAAAAGUUGAAAACUUUCUAGAGAACAUAAGGCAGAGCAGAUCAUGCGAAUCGAAAAGAAAAUCAAUCGUAAAAUAUAACGAAAUUUGUUUCGUCUAGUUGGUAAAUCAUUAAAAAAACAUUUACAAAAAUGUGAGAAAUCAAAUGUAAGCUUAAUACUGAUAUUUAUCCAUAUAUCUGCGCGUAUAUCUACAAUAUCAUACAUAUAUACAUAUAGGGACAGCAUCCGACUUUAAAGCGAAAAUAUAACGCUACGAACUGUGAAGUUAAGUUCGAUGCCGCCGGAUCAGAUACAGUCGAGCAGUUUGCAAAACUCUCGGUCGGCUGAAAUAAUUCCUCAAGAGCCUAAAUCAAUGAAAUACACAAUCGAUCGAUCCAUCAGCUCCUCGAUAAUAUGCUUCGCUCAUCUAGCCUAAGCAAAUACACCCUACACCCCAUAACCCCCCCUCCCCCACACACAAAAAAUAUGAAAAAAGUGCAAAGAACCCUUUCAUUAAAUAUUAUUUCUUUAUAAACACAUUAGAUAUCUGUAAAUAUAUUUCUUCUGCUUUUUAAAAUGUCGCCUUAUCAAUUUUAAAAACACGCAAUCCCUCAGACACCUAUUGGCCAGACGCUGCUAUACGAGCUUAAUGAUCUACCAAUAAUAUAGAUAUAGGUAUACCUACAUAUAUCUAUCUAUCAAUCUGUACACCUAUCUAUUUAGAUGCACAUCGCUUGAUGUCCGACGACAAUUCAUUAGGCUGUUGCAUGAUUAUAUAUAGUUUUUGCCACAACUAUUCUGUUUUUCACAUGAAGUGUUGACUUUAGUUUAUUACUUAUAGAAUUAUAAUGAUUGAACCAGACGCCACACAUUACCCCUACAUCUGUGCCCUUUAAGUUUUCAAUUUUUUAUAUAAUUAGUUUACACUUAAAUCUAUAUGAUAUGAUAUGAUAUGAUACGAGAUACGUUACCAACCAACCUACGAGAUGAAAACAAUGGAAAAUCUAUUAAAAGUAAUUUUGUAAGCAAACUUAAUAUUGAAAAAUACGAUACGUGAGAAAAAAAAA